UCUUCAAGCUAUGUUUCUUACCGGACUUCCGGUUAUAUGUAUUCUGGCUGGAUAACGAUAGCUUUCCCAGAGUUUUUGCUGGACUAAAAGAUAGAACAAAUCUUUUCAAAACGCCGAACAAAUACAGUGCUGAUGGCUCGUCACUUUCCUCCUGUCCCCUCUGAUGUCACCUACUUUCUGUCCUCAGUUCUUCCUCGUGGUUUUGCUUUGGGGCCUUCGCUGCUCUGUGAAGGCAGUGUGGGGCUUUGGUGGGUCGGCCACCCGCUGGAGGCCGGGACUCUGCUGGGAAAAGAAGGCGACACAGACUGGAUCUCCAAGAGUUACCCGACACUGAUGGAGAUGUCCGCAAAUCAAGAAGCUCCAUUACAAAGAGCCCCCUGGAUCAAAAGUUCCUGUAUGCUGCUGGUACAGCCCAUUUCCUUGGGAAAACGUCCUUUAGUGUUUUAACUUCUUCACAGACGUUAUUAUCGUAGUCUGUGGGUGUGUAAUUAUCAGACUGGGAAACUGCCGGACUCUCUUUGCUGUCUCAACCUGUAACAUUUCUCCUCUAAACUUCAGCAGCUGUAUUGUCUGUAAUGCUGUUAAUCUGUUAAUCUUUUAUUUAAAAAUGUGAAUGAAAAACAAAAGAAACUCAUGUUGAAAAAUCCAGACUUUUUUGUUAAAGGUGAAAUAUGUUCAGCUGCCAUUUAAUAGCUGAUGUCUUAAUUAAAAUCAGAAACUCCUCCUAUUUCUGUUGUCUUCAGACUGGUCCAAUCCCCCUGUGGGCUUGAUGGUGUAUUUUGUCUGUCUUUUAUCUUUUUUUUUUCUUCUUGACGGUUGCAUCUGUGACAACAUUGUCUCUUGCUCCAGGCUGUGUGCUUCUAGGUGUCCUGAUUAAACACUGCCCCAGUUUUCUCUCCCACAGAGUGAAACUGUGAAAAGAAAAGCAACAUCUUGUUGAUAUUGUUGACGGACAUUCAUGUUUUGUAGUUUUCCUUCUGUGAAUGAGCUGGUACGUGCACGUGCUUCUUCACCUCAAGUGAUUGGUUGCACCGUGGGUGUGGUUAUAAAUAUAAGCGCACACCUAUUGUUUGGUAUAUUUUUGUUUGUGCUGGCCUGCAUUAUGGUGGCGGGGUGUACUGGGGAGAAAUUUCUGUUGACCGCUGUCUCAUCAAUUUACACCUCGAAAGAUCUGCACUGUCUAUGAAGUAUUGUUUGGCAUCUAAUCACCAUCGAUUACACCCAAGGCCGAAUUAACCAUAUGGGCAACUGGGCAAUUGCCCAGGGCCCACAAACCCUAAAGGGCCCAAGGCAUCAAGGGCACGAGCAAAAUACUGUAGGCCUAUCUGUAACCUCCCGCUUUAUAUUAAACUAGGGUGACCGUCCUGUUUUCCCCGGACAUGUCCACUUUUCACUCUCUGCCCGGGCGUCCGGACUGGGGGUUCUUGUAUUGAUGAAAAUGUCCGGCUUUUCAUCCAGGAGCAGGGAUCGAAUUAUGGGGGGAGCUGGAUAUCCUACACAUCCAGGGGAGCCGGAAAAAAGUUGUCUACCGAUAUUACAUCAUUCAUGGACUCUUGAGCAGAGAGCACAGAGAGCGGCAGAGCGAUGAUCGUUGUUGUGCAGUGCUCCAGGCUGCCGCGUCCAGCGCACGGUCCAUUCUCAAAGUGGCGCAACCAAAAAACUAUAAUUAG